AUGGCAUGCUGUAACAGGCUUAACUCCCUGUUUCUUCUGUAGUGGGAAACACUGUGUUCAAGAUGGUGCCUUAUAACUUCACAUAAACUCUACUCUUCUGUGUAUGACCCAAAUGAAAAGACUUUUGAAAAACUCCUUAUUGCCAACAGAGGAGAAAUUGCAUGCCGAGUCAUCAAAACGUGUAAGAAGAUGGGGAUUAAAACAGUUGCCAUACACAGCGAUGUCGAUGCCAAUGCUGUUCACGUGAAAAUGGCGGAUGAAGCUGUCUGUGUUGGCCCAGCUCCCACCAGCAAAAGCUACCUCAACAUGGAUGCCAUCAUGGAAGUCAUUAGGAAAACCAGGGCCCAAGCUGUACACCCAGGAUAUGGAUUUCUUUCAGAAAAUAAAGAAUUUGCUAGACGUUUGGCAUCAGAAGGUGUCACCUUCAUUGGACCUGACACACACGCUAUUCAAGCUAUGGGAGACAAGAUUGAAAGCAAAUUGUUAGCCAAGAAUGCAAAGGUCAACACGAUCCCUGGCUUUGAUGGAGUAGUCAAGGAUGCAGAUGAAGCUGUCAGAAUUGCAAGGGAAAUUGGCUACCCUGUCAUGAUCAAGGCCUCAGCAGGUGGUGGUGGGAAAGGCAUGAGAAUCGCUUGGGAUGAUGAAGAGACCAGGGAAGGUUUUAGGUUUUCAUCUCAAGAGGCUGCUUCAAGUUUUGGUGAUGAUCGCUUACUGAUAGAAAAGUUCAUUGAUAACCCUCGUCACAUAGAAAUCCAGGUUUUGGCAGAUAAACAUGGCAAUGCCUUGUGGCUGAAUGAAAGAGAAUGCUCCAUUCAAAGGAGAAACCAGAAAGUUGUGGAGGAAGCCCCAAGCACUUUUCUAGACCCUGAAACUCGAAGAGCAAUGGGAGAACAAGCAGUAGCUCUUGCCAAAGCAGUAAAGUAUUCCUCUGCUGGAACCGUAGAAUUCCUUGUGGACUCCAGUAAGAAUUUCUACUUUUUGGAAAUGAAUACUAGACUUCAGGUUGAACAUCCCGUCACAGAAUGCAUUACCGGCCUGGACUUAGUCCAAGAAAUGAUCCGUGUUGCUAAGGGUUACCCUCUCAGGCACAAACAGGCUGAUAUUCCCAUCAACGGCUGGGCGGUUGAAUGUCGAGUUUAUGCUGAGGACCCCUACAAAUCUUUUGGCCUGCCAUCUAUUGGUAAACUGUCUCAGUAUCAAGAACCAUUGCAUGUGCCAAGUGUACGUGUUGACAGUGGUAUACAGCAAGGAAGUGACAUUAGCAUUUAUUAUGAUCCCAUGAUCUCAAAACUGAUUACUUAUGGCUCUAAUAGAGCUGAAGCACUGAAAAGAAUGGAAGAGGCUUUGGACAACUAUGUAAUUCGAGGUGUGGCUCACAAUAUUUCUUUACUGCGAGAAGUGAUUGUCCAUCCACGCUUUGUUCAAGGAGACAUCAGCACAAAAUUCCUUCCUGAAGUCUAUCCUGAUGGUUUUAAAGGACACAAGUUGACAGAUCUUGAAAGAAGACAACUACUGGCAACAGCAGCGUCUUUGUAUGUGGCCGAACAACUGAGAUCACAGCGAUUUCUAGGGACUCCAAGAAUUCCUAUUGCUAAAUCAAAAAGAAGUAGCUGGGAGCUCUCUGUGCAUCUAGGAGAUGGAACUUACCCAGUUGCAGUUUCAAAGGAUGGCUCAUCAUUUUCUGUGGAAGUUGAUGGGAUGAAACUGAAUGUGACCAGCGAGUGGAACCUGGCUUCACCCUUGUUGUCUGUCACCAUUGAUGGCACUCAGAGGACUAUACAGCGGAUUUCUCGGAAUGCCUCUGGAGAGACAAGCAUUCAGUUUCUAGGCACAGUGUACAAAUUGCAAAUACUGACGAAGGCUGCUGCGGAGCUGAGCAAGUACAUGCCAGAGAAAGCAGCAGAGGACACCUCCAGCGUUUUGAGAUCUCCCAUGCCUGGAACAGUGGUGGCAGUUUCUGUCAAGCCUGGGGACAUGGUUUCGGAAGGUCAAGAGAUUUGUGUAAUUGAAGCAAUGAAAAUGCAGAACAGUAUGAUUGCUGCUAAAACAGGCAAGGUGAAAGCUGUGCACUGCAAAGCUGGUGACACCGUUGGAGAAGAAGAUCUGCUGGUGGAACUGGAAUGAAAGGUUGCCUCUACACUGUUGAAUUAACUAAGCCUUUAUUAUUUUCAUCUGUAAAGUAACAUUAAGACAU